CAAACAUUAACCAGAUGUUUUGUACCAAUCUUAUCUCUUCAUGAAAUUACAACCGGAAAAACUCAACAAUAGUAAUUUCCAAUGUUUUAAAUUUAGUUUAAAUAACUAAAAUGAUCAGAGUAGAGUGGUGCGUAGUUGUUUUAUUGUUAAUAUAUGUGAAUAUUGGAAAUGCAACUAAAUCUACAUGUUUGGGAUUUGAUAAAUGGCUGAAAUUUAUUUCUCAACAGCCUCAACCACCUUACUGUCCUUUUACAACUGAAAAUAAAGAUAAUGUCAUAUUUUUGCUGUAUGACGUAAAUCCUCCGGAAGGAUUCAAUUUACGUCGCGAUGUGUAUAUACGUUUGGCCGUUUUCAUGCGUCAUUUACAAGCAACACCUGGUUAUGAAAAUGUUCGUAUUGUUUUACCACCUUGGCGUAGAUUGUACCACUGGAAGUCUCAUCAUAUAGAACAGGAUAAUGUGCCGUGGCAAAAUUUUUUCAAUAUAGAAAGUUUAAAACGUUAUGCACCCGUUAUGGAUUUUCCAGAAUUUCUAGCAGAAUAUAAAAAUUUCGGAGUAGAAGAAACUUUUGGCUUACCUGUGCACAAAGUUUUGCAGUUAAGACAUUUUAAAGAUAUGUUUGAAAAUGGAGUGUUUAGAGAUAAAUGGGAACUAAGCAAUGAAUGCCCCGAAAAUCCUCAACUAUUACAGGGAUCAUUUUUGAAGGAAUCUCCUCUUUGGAUAAAAGACCCGAAAAUACAAUGUGUCAAUUAUCAGGGUAGUGCAAACCUUCUGAAACAGGUUAUUAAUCGUAUAACAAAAGGUUUGGAAAACGAUAAUCUGCCUAAAGUUAUAGCCAUUUUAAACGCUGAAAUAGUUUUACAUGAACACUGGGCUGAUCGAGAAUUUUGGAGAGCUCGCCGUUCCAUGCGUUUUGCGGACAACCUUAUGAAAAUUGCGGCGGAUUUUCGUUGGUCUAAUUUCAAUAGUUAUGAUAAAGUAGAUAAUGUGCAAAGACCUCCUAUGUGGGAAUAUGAAACUCCCAAACAUAAAGGCAAAGCUUUGGGAGGUCCAUACUUGUGUGUUCAUUUGAGGCGUGGAGAUUUCUUAUAUGGCCGUGAAAAAACCACGCCUACUUUAAAAUCAUCUGCGCUACAAAUCAAAUACUAUUUACAAAAUCACAAUCUCACCACAGUGUUUCUAGCGACGGACGCUACAGCGUUUGAAAUAAAAAAUCUAAAAUCAUACAUUCCCCGCUAUCGUGUAGUUCGUUUCACAGCAGAGAAUCUAUAUCAGAAAUCUCUAAUUAAAGAUGGUGGGAUUGCCAUCAUAGAUCAAAUCAUAUGUUCACAUGCUCAUUUUUUUAUCGGUACCUACGAGAGUACAUUUACCUAUCGCAUCUAUGAAGAACGUGAAAUAUUGGGUUUUCCCAGGGAUCGUACAUUUAAUACGCUAUGUAAAAAAUCUACUAUGGAAAACUGUUUGCAAAAUUCAGUCUGGCCGAUUGUAUAUUAGUUUAAGGAUAAAAAAUUAUCUCAAUUAAAAAAUAGUGAUAAAAUAUUAAUUAAAAAAAUACUCGUUUGCAUGUGGUGAUAAUGAUGAUUACUGUAUGUACUUGUAAGUUAAAUGCACAAUUUAUAGCCUAUAUAAAUAAAAGACUUUGUUAUGAAAUAAGUUUUA